UUGUGUUUAUUUUUUUUAUUGGUAUUUACAAUUCGUUUCUAAGAAAAAAUAAAGGUAAAUUGUUGAUUUGUCACAUAAUCCUUUCCGCUCAUUUAAUUUGCAGUGAAUGUCGAUAAUUGUUAAUAACCAGAUAAUUAGUAGUAGGUGCACUUAGUUAAGAGGUUAUGUCUUAAUUUCAACAGUUUUGAAGAAAGUAUGAAUAACACUAUGGCAGAAAGUCCCUUACCAUCACAGUCACAGUCACAGUCACAUGGAGAUGAAGCGAUGGAUGUGGAUGAAGAAUUGACUAACAAAUUUUUAAGUGGGGCAAUGUCCUUCGCUGAGUAUUCGAGUGAAUGGUAUCGCGCUGAAGACGAAGAAGACUUAGAAGAAUUGAGAAGAACUGAAGAUGACGACGACGAGUCAACACAUUCAGUACAAUUAGUGGGGAAAAGUUAUCCAAGACGGCGGAGGCACACCCGAUUGUCUGCAGCACUGGUGGGAUUAAUGGGUGAGGCUAAUAUUCGAUUUGCGCGAGGAGACAUGGACAUGGCAGAACGUAUGUGCCACGAAAUCAUAAAGCAACUGCCCACAGCUGCAGAACCUUACCAAACUUUAGCUCAAAUAUAUGAACAUGAUGUUGAUAAAUCCUUACAGUUUUCCUUACUGGCUGCUCAUCUGAGUCGCUCAGAUGCUGAAGAAUGGUGGAGACUUGCUGCUAUAUGUAAGCAGAGAGAUGACAAAAAACAAGAAAUGAUCUGUUAUACGCAAGCCAUCAAAGCUGAGCCUCAGAACAUUGAAGCGCACAUGAAAAGACUUGACUUCUUAACAGUUUUGGAGGAAAUGAAAUAUCCAAUUAACAGUUUAAAUGUUACUAGAGUAAGGUGUUAUCACAAGAUUGUCAGUUCAUUACCAUCAAGUGAAGGAGAAAUAAUAAUGAAAUAUGCUAAACUGGCUGUGACUCUCUAUCACUACAGUGAAGAAAUAGAACGAGCUCACGAGGUAAUGGCUACAGCAUAUGCAAAAUGUUCGUCAAUAUUUACUAUUGAAGAUAUUAACAUUUACUUAGAGUUGCUGAUUUCUGUAAAGCAGUAUCAUACUUGUAUAGAUGUCUUUGUGUCUAAUGUAGGUGUUGAAAUAGAAGCAGAGAUACAAACUAUUAAAAAUGCUAACGGCGAUAUUGAAGAGCACACAAACUACUUAAGCUGUGUUAUACCCAGUAAGAUGGCUAUAGAUUUAAAGAGUAAACUAUUAGUUUGCUUCAUUCAUUUGGGUUCUUUAAGCUUAGUGGAGACGCUGUUAAAUGACUUCUUGAGUAACGAUGUGGAUAAAGCUGGAGACCUUUAUAUGGACAUAGAGGAAGCGUUUUCUUCAGUGGGGCACUAUGAAAUGGCCAUUCAAUUACUUGAACCAUUAGUGAAGAAUACGAAUUUUGAUCUUGGAGCUGUUUGGCUAAAACAUGCAGAAUGCCUUCACCAACUAGGAAGAAUAGAUGAUGCUGUUGAGUCUUAUUACAAAGUUUUAAAACAUGUUCCACAGCAUCCUAAUGCACGUAAAAAACUAUUUUGCAUACUUGAGAAAAAGGGAUGUAUCGAGGAUGCAUUGAAUAUUUUGCAGCAAGAUUAUAAAUAUGUUGUUAGUGCCAGUCUAUUAUAUGAGCAAUGUCAGGCCUUAAAAAAGUACAACAAACCAUUGAAGUAUUUGGAGAUUUCUACUUUUUACCCAAUUCUUAGAUUACUGCUUCCCGAUUGUGAACGUGAGAGGAGUGCAUAUAAUUUGAAAGCUACCAAACUUGGUGCUUUAUUGGUUAAAGUAUUGUCGCUCAAUAAACAGUCACAAGAUGCCCAAAAGCUGUUAAACUUUCGUUCCGUCCAUUCAUCCUCAAACGAAAGCGAUUUUGCCAGCGUAGCGUAUUUCGUUUUGAAUAAUAGAGCCCAACAAACUACACCACAGUUAACAGUAGGCGCUGUUAAUGAAAUUUUAGACAAAAUUGCCAAAGAUGAAGUAGGAAAUAAAGGACCUAUCCUGGACGAGGCGUUUAGUUACGCGAUAACAAAGUUAACACCUCAAGAGUUCAAAUGGUUUCUGAGAAUGAUAUUAAAAGAUUUGAAACUCGGCAUGAGUACACAUCGCAUAUUGUCAUGUUUCCAUCCCGAUGCCCCGGAGCUCUAUCGAAACUGUAGCGAUCUUCAUAAGGUUUGCGAAGAGCUAGAUGAUGGUGACACUCGACCAUUAGAACUCGGCGUACAGUUGUUCUAUGCAGUAAGGCCUAUGCUGUCUGAAAGAAUGGACGUUACUCAUAUACACCUCGCUCCUACUAACAUGUACCAUGUAGAAGAUAAGUUCGAUGGGGAAAGGUUUCAAAUGCAUAUGGACAACAAUACUUUUGAGUAUUAUUCGAGAAAGGGUUUUGCUUAUUCGAAGAAGUAUGGCAAAACAUUUGAAUUUGGUAUAUUCACGCCAGAUUUGAGGACUUGUUUUUCGUUGAAUGCUCACAAUUUCAUACUUGACGGCGAAAUGAUGGGUUGGCAUAAAGAAAACCAAUGUUUUGGCUCUAAAGGGAUGUCAUACGAUAUAAAAAAGAUAACGGAGCAUUCAUCAUAUCGAGCUUGUUACUGUGUGUUCGACAUCCUUUAUUACAAUGGAAAAUCGCUCGUCGGCCCUCCGGACAAGGGAGGCUUGCCACUUUGCGAUAGACUCGAAAUAUUGGAUACUCUCUUUACGGAUGUGCCUGGAGUCAUACAACAUAGUAAACGUGAAUUAGUAAAGGAUGUUUCAGAUGUUAUCAAUGCCAUAAAUAAGGCUAUCGACAACCAGGAUGAGGGCGUUGUGCUAAAAGACGUGAACUCCUACUACAUUCCCGCACAACGUAACGCUGGCUGGUUCAAGAUUAAACCUGAGUACACAGAAGGUGCUAUGACAGACUUGGAUUUAGUUAUAAUCGGGGCUGAAGAAUCGGAGAACAAAAGACAAGGCCCCGCUAAGAGUUUUUACGUUGCGUGUGCUGACGUUGAAUCAGGUGAUAAACCCCAACGCUGGGUGUGCGUUGGCAGCGUGUCCAGCGGCGUCACUUACCAGGAAAAAGAACGCCUGUGCGCUCUAUUAGAGAAGAACUGGCGAGUCUCGAAGCGCGCACCACCACCCCCCUGUCUGGACUUUAAUAAGAAGAAGCCCGACUUCUGGAUAUUGCCUGAGCACUCUAUUGCUUUACAAGUGCGAGCAUCAGAACUGGUACGCGGCAAGGAAUACGGUUCCUUCUACACUCUGCGCUUUCCACGCAUAGAGCGUAUUCGUGACGACAAACCUGUUGCUGAGGUUAUGACACUGCAGCACUUUAACCAACUUACUUCCACAAGGAGCCCAGUCAUUAAAUUGAGCACAAAGCGCAUCAACGAGUCAUCAAAUGAGCCAGCUGAAAGGAAAAUAAAAAAAACAAGCAAGACGCAGCAAGUGGCGGAUAAAUUCAGAACAAAACUGACUGACGAUGUCGAGGUCAUUUCGAAAGCUCUUCUGGGGCGAAAACUUUGCAUACUGUCAGAUGACGAAGACAGCAAAAAAUCAGAGCUAGUUCGAAUAAUUCAGUCGCACGGUGGCAAACAUGUUGAGAAUAGUGGACCCGAUACAUGGUGUUGUGUGGCGGGUACUAUCACAGUUAAAAUUCGCAAACUGAUAGCAAUGCGAAGCGAAGAUAUUAUCACUACUUCUUGGCUACGCUCUCUGCCUGCUUCCGAAGAAUUAUGCUCGCUAUCUCCUUUAGAUAUGCUGUCUAUAAAAGAUGAGACUAAAUUCAGCUUAUGUUUGGAAUACGACACGUUUGGGGACAGUUACAAGGAGGAAUUAGACGAAAAUACUUUGAGAAAAUGUAUGACCAAAAUGGACAGGGAACUACCAAUAUAUUUGACCACAAAAGAAAUGGUAAAACUGGAUAAGCAGCUAUUUGGUGAUAACAACCCUUAUUCGUUCUUACGUGGUUGUACCUUACAUGUCGCGGGCAAUCCCCUGUACGAAACUUUAGCGCGAAUGUAUGGAGCUAGAGUUACCGGCACACCCCGUAAUUCCACCCAUGUGGUUGUACGAAGUGGGGCGAAUACUAAAGAUUUACAGGAUAUAAGUUCUAAAGCGAAAAUAGUUACUGAAGACUGGUUAAAAGACUGUUACAAAGAAAAAGCGAAGAUUUCAGAAACGCCGUAUUUGUUAUGAAAUGAUACCUACGAGUACAUAUAUAUAUGAAUUUGACGUAAAUUCUAAUUACUUAUUUAAUUAAUCAAAUAUGUUGUAAUAAGUAUUUAUGAAAUCAUGAAUUGUAUUAUUUUACCAAUAAAUUACUUAGAAAUAUCUAAA